AUGGCUCUACCAGACCAGUUUGGGCCUCAGCAAAUUCCGAAGCAGUUUGUACUCUGCUUUGAUGGAACCGGUAAUAAGUUUGCUGGUGAUGAAUCUGAUAGCAAUGUGUUGAAAAUAUUUCGCAUGUUAGAUCGCAGUCAAAGUCACCAAUACCAUUACUAUCAGCCUGGAAUUGGAACCUACGUGACAUCGAAAUCAUUGACAAGCCAUGGCCGAAUCCAACGCAUCAAAUCUUGGUAUCAAAAGGCCAAAGAUUCGGCGGUUGGCUCAUCCUUCGAUGAACACGUUAUGGGAGGCUAUAAGUUCUUAAUGCGUUACUACUCUCCUGGUGAUGAGAUCUAUUUCAUUGGGUUCAGUCGUGGCGCAUACAUUGCUCGUUUCUUGGCUGAGAUGCUUGACUACAUCGGAUUACUCGAAGCCGGAAACGAGGAACUGAUUAGAUUCGCCUGGAAGACUUUUGCUAAAUGGCAACAGCGACAGGGGGACUCGGAAAUUGAGCAAGAGGAGAAGAAGAACCUCUUCGAGUAUAUGAAGGCCUUCCGCGAAACAUUUAGUCGUCCAAUCUCGAGAAUCAGGUUUAUGGGUCUCUUCGACACUGUGAAUAGCGUUCCACGCUUUGAGAAUGCCUGGAUGCAGCGUAGCAAGUUUCCAUAUACUGCGCGCAGUUCCGCAAAGGUUAUUCGACACGCUGUUGGUAUCGACGAGCGCCGCGCCAAGUUCCGCCAGGAUCUGAUCUCUGGUCCACGUCCUCACGAAAAGCAGAGCAAACAUCAACGUCAUCACCUUCCAGUCCAACUGGCUCAUCUAGGGCUCCACGAAGACCGUCAACAUCAUCUGCACUUCCAUCGCCAAGAUGUCGUAGGUCAAGGUGAUCAGCACGGUGACAAUGACGAGCAAAUCCCUGCCAUCCGCUUGAACGAUGAGGAUGAAAGUCCAAGUCACGAGAAGCGUGCGCCGGAACUAGGACCUAAUAUCCAAAUCCCUGGAUGGGGCCCUAGUGAUGGCGAAACAUACUAUCACGCCCCAAAUCAUGGUUCUCAUCAUGGUGGCUCACAUCAUGGUGGCUCAUCUAUUGCUGGAAGCUCUGUCAACUUUGAAGCUGAAAAGCCCCAUCCGUACCGUGCAUCGUCUCUACGGCGUUCAAGCCUUGCACCCCCAAAACCGGGCCAGUCAGCUGAAGAUCUUACGUCUAUCAAAAGUGGCCAAUCAGGAAACAUUUCCAUCCAGAUACCUAGCGGUGAUGACUAUAACCCGGAGGAUGAAGAGCAGGAUAUUCACGAAAUUUGGUUCCCCGGUGGCCAUGCGGAUAUUGGUGGUGGGUGGAAGCUAAAGAACGGUGAGAUGUGGGCAUUGAGCCAUGCACCGCUAGUUUGGAUGGUCCAAGAAGCCCAGAAAGCUGGUCUGGAGCUAGACUCUCGCAAGAUGAAACAGUUCCAGUGCCUAGAGGAGUUCGAAGGGGAGUACAGCCCAAUCCAGCGGGAGAUCUCUGCGCGACGACUCAGUGAGGCUCCUUCGGGAACUGACGACAGUGCCGAAGCUUUCCGAAUCGGGCCAGAUGAGAAACAACGCUCGGCUGCAAGUCGUGACUUUUGGCAUGCACUGCACACUUCCAGUACGAAGGGACUUGUGCAUGACUGCUUGGAGUUCAAUCAAGGGCUCCCAAUUGGCUCUGUCAUCUCAUGGAAGAUCAUGGAAUGGUUACCGUUCCGCCGUAUGGAUCUUCAGGCAGACGGCUCUUGGAAGCCAAUCCGCUGGCCACUACCUCGGGGUGAGGUUCGUGAUGUGCCUAUGGAUGCAGAAAUUCAUAUAUCUGCGAUCCGCCGCAUGCAAGCGGAUCCAAGUUACCGCCCUGGUAAUGUCAUUGUUGGUGGUGGAGGUCGUGGUAUCCGUAUUGCACCAGAGGAAUUUGGUAUGGGUGAUUGGGUUGUGAUGAAGAAUGAGGGUGACCAAGUCCGCGAAACAUAUGUUCGUAAGAACAUGUUGAGGACAUGCAAAGAGGAAGAUGAGCGGACGGACUUCUAG